AUGGCGGUGCCGGCUCGGACCUGCGGCGCCUCUCGGCCCGGCCCGGCGCGGACCGCGCUCAGCUGGCCCGGCCGCGGCUCGCGGCCCGGCCUCAGCGCCCGGCGGCCGGCGGCCCGGCCCCCGCGCCCGCUAUCGCUGCUACUGCCGCCGCUGCUGCUGCUCCCGCUGCUCGCCGCCCCCAGCGCCUCUGCCUACAGCUUUCCUCAGCAGCACACGAUGCAGCACUGGGCCCGGCGCCUGGAGCAGGAGAUCGAUGGCGUGAUGCGGAUCUUUGGGGGUGUGCAGCAGCUCCGUGAGAUCUACAAAGACAACAGGAAUCUGUUUGACGUGCAGGAGAAUGAGCCUCAGAAGUUGGUGGAGAAGGUGGCGGGGGACAUUGAGAGCCUGCUGGACAGGAAGGUGCAGGCCCUGAAGAGAUUGGCUGAUGCUGCAGAGAACUUCCAGAGAGCCCACCGCUGGCAGGACAACAUCAAGGAGGAAGACAUCGUGUACUAUGAUGCCAAGGCCGACGCUGAGCUGGACGACCCUGAGAGUGAGGAUGUGGAAAAGGGGUCCAAGGCCAGCACCCUACGGCUGGACUUCGUUGAGGACUCAAACUUCAAGAACAAGGUCAACUAUUCAUACACGGCUGUGCAGAUCCCCACGGACAUCUACAAAGGCUCCACCGUCAUCCUCAAUGAGCUCAACUGGACGGAGGCCCUGGAGAAUGUGUUCAUCGAGAACCGAAGGCAGGACCCCACACUCCUGUGGCAGGUCUUCGGCAGUGCCACGGGAGUCACUCGCUACUAUCCAGCCACCCCAUGGCGAGCCCCCAAGAAAAUCGACCUGUAUGAUGUCCGAAGGAGACCCUGGUAUAUCCAGGGGGCCUCGUCGCCCAAGGACAUGGUCAUCAUCGUGGAUGUGAGUGGCAGCGUGAGCGGGUUGACCCUGAAGCUGAUGAAGACAUCUGUCUGUGAGAUGCUGGACACACUCUCCGAUGAUGACUAUGUGAACGUGGCCUCGUUCAACGAAAAGGCACAGCCUGUGUCAUGCUUCACACACCUGGUUCAGGCCAACGUGCGUAACAAGAAGGUGUUCAAGGAGGCUGUGCAGGGCAUGGUGGCCAAGGGCACCACAGGCUACAAGGCCGGCUUUGAGUAUGCCUUCGAUCAGCUGCAGAAUUCCAACAUCACUCGUGCCAACUGCAAUAAGAUGAUCAUGAUGUUCACGGACGGCGGUGAGGACCGCGUACAGGACGUCUUUGAGAAGUACAAUUGGCCCAACCGGACGGUGCGCGUGUUCACUUUCUCUGUGGGGCAGCACAACUACGACGUCACACCCCUGCAGUGGAUGGCCUGCACCAACAAAGGUUACUAUUUUGAGAUCCCUUCCAUCGGUGCCAUUCGCAUAAACACGCAGGAAUAUCUAGAUGUAUUGGGCAGGCCCAUGGUGCUGGCGGGCAAGGAGGCCAAGCAGGUUCAAUGGACCAACGUGUACGAGGACGCACUGGGGCUGGGGUUGGUGGUGACAGGGACCCUCCCUGUUUUCAACCUGACGCAGGAUGGCCCUGGGGAAAAGAAGAACCAGCUGAUCCUGGGCGUGAUGGGCAUUGACGUGGCUCUGAAUGACAUCAAGAGGCUGACUCCCAACUACACGCUUGGAGCCAACGGCUACGUGUUUGCCAUUGACCUGAAUGGCUACGUGUUGCUGCACCCCAACCUCAAGCCCCAGACCACCAACUUCCGGGAGCCUGUGACCCUGGACUUCCUGGAUGCAGAGCUGGAGGAUGAGAACAAGGAGGAGAUCCGUCGGAGCAUGAUCGAUGGCAACAAGGGCCACAAACAGAUCAGAACACUGGUCAAGUCCUUGGAUGAGAGGUACAUAGACGAGGUGAUACGGAACUACACCUGGGUGCCUAUAAGGAGCACCAACUACAGCCUAGGGCUAGUGCUCCCGCCCUACAGCACCUUCUACCUCCAAGCCAACCUCAGUGACCAGAUCCUGCAGGUCAAGUUGCCAAUCAGCAAACUGAAGGAUUUUGAGUUCCUGCUCCCCAGCAGCUUUGAGUCUGAAGGACAUGUUUUCAUUGCUCCCAGAGAGUAUUGCAAGGAACUGAAUGCCUCAGACAACAACACCGAGUUCCUGAAGAACUUCAUUGAGCUCAUGGAGAAAGUGACUCCAGACUCCAAGCAGUGCAACAACUUCCUUCUGCACAACCUGAUCUUGGACACGGGCAUCACACAGCAGCUGGUGGAGCGUGUGUGGCGGGACCAGGAUCUCAAUACGUACAGCCUUCUGGCCGUGUUCGCCGCCACUGAUGGUGGCAUCACUCGCGUAUUCCCCAACAAGGCAGCUGAGGACUGGACAGAGACCCCUGAGCCCUUCAAUGCCAGCUUCUACCGCCGCAGCCUGGAUAACCAUGGCUAUGUCUUCAAGCCCCCACAACAGGAUGCCCGGUUAAGGCCGCUGGAGUUGGAGAAUGACACGGUGGGCAUCCUCGUCAGCACGGCUGUGGAGCUCAGCCUAGGUGGACGCACACUGAGGCCAGCAGUGGUAGGCGUUAAGCUGGACCUAGAGGCCUGGGCUGAGAAGUUCAAGGUGCUAGCCAGCAACCGUACCCACCAGGACCAGCCUCAGAAGUGCGGCCCCAACAGCCACUGUGAGAUGGACUGCGAGGUUAACAACGAGGACCUGCUCUGUGUCCUCAUUGAUGAUGGGGGAUUCCUGGUGCUGUCAAACCAGAACCAUCAGUGGGACCAGGUGGGCAGAUUCUUCAGUGAGGUGGAUGCCAACCUGAUGCUGGCACUCUACAAUAACUCCUUCUACACCCGCAAGGAGUCCUACGACUAUCAGGCGGCCUGUGCCCCCCUGCCCCCGGGCAACCUGGGUGCUGCACCCCGGGGCAUCUUUGUGCCCACCAUUGCAGACUUCCUUAACCUAGCCUGGUGGACCUCUGCUGCGGCCUGGUCUUUGUUCCAGCAACUUCUCUAUGGUCUCAUCUACCACAGCUGGUUCCAGGCAGACCCCGCGGAGGCCGAGGGGAACCCCGAGGUGCGCGAGAGCAGCUGCGUCAUGAAACAGACCCAGUACUACUUCGGUUCGGUGAACGCCUCCUACAACGCCAUCAUCGACUGCGGAAACUGCUCCAGGCUCUUCCACGCGCAGAGACUCACCCACACCAACCUUCUCUUCGUGGUGGCAGAGAAGCCGCUGUGCAGCCAGUGUGAGGCUGGCCGGCUGCUGCAGAAGGAGACACACUCGGACGGCCCGGAGCAGUGUGAACUGGUGCAGAGACCGCGAUACCGGAGAGGCCCACACAUCUGCUUCGACUACAACGCCACGGAAGAUACCUCAGACUGCGGCCGCGGAGCCUCUUUCCCACCGUCGUUGGGCGUCCUGGUGUCCCUGCAGCUGCUGCUCCUCCUGAGCCUGCCUCCCCGGCCGCAGCCUCAAGUCCACGCCCACCCUUCUCGCUGCCUCUGAGUGCCCCCUCCCCCCACCAGGCCUCCCCGCCGCUCCCCUGCUCCCU